CGACCUUGCUGCUCACAUUGAAAUAGCCCCUCUGGAUAUAGCUAUAUAAACCCAAAGGUUAAUCUCUUCUUCAACUCAACAAUUCAUUCGUUCACAACCUCAAAGUCACUCGUUUAUCUCAAUCAUUCCCAUACAGACAGCAUCAUGAAGUUCUCAAUUGCCUACGCCCUUACCGCCAUUUCAGCUGUUUCAGCUGCAGGCUGCCCUGCUCCUGGGCAGACUAACGCUACGGGGGAUGAAAGCUGUGACCCCGCUAAGGAUUAUCCCGGCGAGGCAUGUGUCCUUCUGAAUGAUGGCUGCCACUACCUUCGUGGCCUUGGCUUGGAUACAGCCACUGCCACUACCGCAGCGGCAAAGCCUACCUCUACUUGCCCUGCUGCUGGGAAGACCAAUGCUGCAGGCGAUACAAGCUGUGACCCUGCUAAGGAUUAUCCUGGCGAGGCAUGUGUCCUUCUGAACGAUGGCUGCCACUACCUUCGUGGCCUUGGCUUGGGUACAGCCACUGCUGUGCCAACACCUGUCAUUGUUAAUGGGGCUGCCCAGCUGCCUGCAAUGGGCGGCUCAGUUCUCGCUGGUCUCCUCGCUUGCCUUCUUUAAAACGACCAACAUGCAGAGAAACUUUGGUAAAGGAAUGUAGGGUAUGGUUUGGCACGCGAUAAAGGAGGGGUUUGCCCAAAGGUUCCCCUCGCCGGCGAAAAGUCGGGCCUAGCGUGCAUUUCCCCAUGGCAAGGAAAGGGAGUCUAUUGGGAAAAGGAACACUGUAAUAGGCUAGAAAUGCAUAUCAUGAUGCGAGAUGUCCUUAGAUAAAGCAGCAUAACCAAUAGACUAUUAUAUGAAAUACUAGGUGCUCUCUAUAUGUCUGGAAGCUUAGUCGCGAAGCCCCCGAGUUACAGCCAGGAGGU